UGCGCAUCCCCGCGCGUCUCGGUCGUUGAGCGGCCCCCGCGGUCCCCUCUGCAAAUGGGCUCCGUGGCCUAGCGCCCUCGUUCCCGCCACCCGUGAUCGCGCGCCGAGGCCCGCGAGGGGUCGCCGCCGAGGUUCCCACCACCCACCAGCGAGCAUGGCGGCCAUCCCCUCCAGCGGCUCGCUCGUGGCCACCCACGACUACUACCGGCGCCGCCUGGGCUCCACUUCCAGUAACAGCUCCUGUGGAAGUGCGGAGUACCCCGGGGAGGCCAUCCCCCACCACCCAGGUCUCCCCAAGGCCGACCCAGGUCACUGGUGGGCAAGCUUCUUUUUCGGGAAGUCCACUCUGCCAUUCAUGGCCACAGUGCUGGAGUCCCCAGAACACUCACAGUCUCCCCGGGCGUCCAGCAGCGUGAUCACCUGUGACCUGGCUCGGGAAGCCACAAGGAAGCAGCCUGGUGGCCAGCCCGGCAAAGCCAGCGCCGGGCCCCCAUCCUGAGUGGCCACCACCAGCCACCAGAUCUCCAGAGGCGCUGGGCCCCUUUGAGCCCCACCCCACCCCCCACCCUGCCCAUAGACUAGGCCGGCUGCAGCGAGCCCCACCAGUGGGUUCUUUUAUAUCAAAACAGCAAACACACCAAAAAGGAAGUCGAGAGAGCCCGGCUCUUCACUACCCAAGCCACAUGCGAGCCUUCCUGACACCCGGAACCGUGUGCCUUGCACCAAAUGGAAAAUAAACGACAGGCAGCCAGCUUC